UGUUGUUGCACAAGGAGGCGCUACUAUGGGCGACGGGGUGAAGGCAGCUAGUUCAGUAGGAAUGGCUGUCGCUACCGGAACAUGUAACGAAGUGGGUCUUAUUGGUGCUGCCCUUGGAGGAGGGAUAGGGCGCCUUCUUGGGCACGUCGGAUACGCCGCAGACACCGUGCUCUCGAUGCGGGUCGUUGUGGUGGACCAGAGCGGAGUAGCUCGCGCAGUCGAGGCAUCGCCCGAAGUCAACUCCGAUCUCUUCUGGGGUCUUCGUGGUAGCGGUCAUUUGUUCGGAGUGGUGGUUGAGGCUACAUUCCGAGCCUACCCGUGGACCCAUGACACAUGGCACAGCUGUCUGGUCUUUGCGCCUAAUGAUGCAGGAUUGGUUGCAGAGGCAGUGAACAAGGUCCAUUAUCAGGGAGGUAUGCAGGGGCGGCUGGUAUUCUGCGCCCCAAACAAGCAGCCUAUUGUUCUUCUCCAAAUGUGGUAUAUGGGAUCGCACGAAGAGGCUGCCAGCGAAUUCCAGCCUCUACUGGAUCUCCCCUCUAUGACAGAUCAUCCUUUGAACUUUGUUGGCCGCCGUAUUCCGUACCCUAACCUCAAUGACUCCAGCGACCGUAUAUGCGGCUAUGGCGGGAGAAAGAACCUGGCAGCGUUUGGCUUGAAAAACUUGUCAGCGGGAUCCUGCAUGGCCGCCCUCAACGUCUACAUGGACUUCAUUACUCAACACCCCGAGGCUGCCCAGACUCACAUCUUGACUGAAUUUUACAGCAUGGACAUUGCGCGGGAGCUAGACCAGGAUGGACAAGAGACGUCUAUCCCUGGUGAGUUCCGGCGAGAAGUGAAGUAUUGGGUCAUGCCUCUGGCUUGGUACGACGACCCUGCACUGGACAAUGCAUGUGUUGGGCUCAACAAGGCCAUUCGAGAGGCAUUCUUAACACAGCCAGACGGAACACGCGCAACGGGAGUGGGCUAUGUCAACAUGCCCUUUGAAGACGAUACCGCCAUUAGCGUUUUUGGCGAGGGUGAGCGGCUGGAGAGGCUCCGGAAACUCAAGCUAAAAUGGGAUCCGCUUGGUGUGGUGCAAGGAAUUGUAAAACUUUGAGGAUCUAUCUGACUUGGCUGGGAGUUGAUAUGUAGGUUACUAGGUAGUACUUAGUAGGGAUAGUGCCAUAGUGGCAUGACGCUGGUGCCUCAGGCUAAAAUUAUUAUUGCCUGCCUAAGGCAUAAACCGAUAAUGGGUC